AUGAGCCUAAUGAGAAGCAGGCGACACUAUUCUUCCGCUUUCCACUUAUCUUAUGCAUUCUCCAAUAUUGUUUUAUAUUUCAUUUCAUUACUAACAUCGAUUGAAACAAGUGAACAAGUGCAAUUCAAUGAAUUACACGCCUAUGAUCCAAUGAAAUGUAGAUCAACAAAUUAUCGUGGAAAAGUCAAUAUUGCUUUCGAUGGAACUGAAUGUUUAGACUGGAAAGAUCAUAAAUCAUUUUAUAAACCUUAUUGGACUGAUGAAGAAGCUAUAAAGAAUCAAAAUUAUUGUCGUAAUCCUGGAAAUGAUUCAAAUGGACCAUGGUGUGUUGUUGGUGUUGGAAGAUUUAAAUACUGUGAUGUACCAAGAUGUGCUGAACAUGUUGGGUGUUAUGAAGGGAACGGUGAAGAUUACAGUGGUGAUCAAGAUCAAACUUCAGACGGACAGCCUUGUGCAAAAUGGCGAAUCAGUAGUUUCCGUGUAGAUCUCGGCAAUAGUUAUAAUUUUUUUCUAAAUUAUAAUGCAACAUACAGGGAACUUGCAUCAAGUCCAGAGAUAGAAAAUUUUCGUGCCUGUCGAAAUCCCGGUGGUAUUAAAUCUCAACCAUGGUGUUAUCCUUUAAAUGGUCGAGUUAUCCCUUCUGGAUUACAAUAUUGUGAUAUUCCUAAAUGCUCUGAUCCCGGUAUCCUUGGCUAUCCAAUCUUUAUCAAUGGUAGUCAGUGUAUGACUAACUUUGUGCUGCAAAAACAACUUGUCAAAUUAGAGUCAUCUGCAGUUGUUGAAGUCCAGUAUUGUGUAGCACCGCAUGGAUUUAUUUAUCAACGACAUCGUGAGACACAUCUGCAUAAAUUCAAUCAUUUCUGUUUAUUCUUAGUUGGGAAAACAACCUACUGCCCUGCAGGUUUUAUUCGUACUAGACGAUUUCAGCCAAGUUUAGAGUUUAUUAGUCAUGUUUCCGGUCCAACAGCCUGGCGACCAACAUUCGAUAAUAUCUUACAGAUUAUAACUUGCUGUGUACAACCAGAAUUUUGGAGUAAUUCUACACAAAAUCCAUAUAUAUCUGUAGAAAGUACAUUAAAGCAAAAAGGGGAUUAUGGCAGUUCAAGUAAUGGUAAUACAAUGAAAGAAACAUCUGAAUCACGUACCCAAGAUCCUACAUUAUCAUCGUAUACAACCGAUGCUGACGACUGGUUUUAUUUAAAGCCCAGACGAAGAAUAACAGUUGGCGGAUUCUUUCCACCACGUCGUCGUAAAUGGAUAACCCGAUGGAAACGUUCAGAUGAUGAUAACUAUUCGGAUGACAGUACACUGGAGACGACAAACUCUAACUCGUCUUCAUCAACCUUAUCCAUAGCAUACACAUCUGAAAUUCUGCCUACACCAUCGCCUACCUUUUCCACACCACCAUUAUUCGUCUCAAUUCAUCAGUGUCCACCAGUCGAAGGGACAGACAGAUUAGUUGCACCACUGUUUCGUAAUGUUAUCCCUGAUCAAACACUUGGUGAUGUUCUACAAAAUUUAUUUCCAGAAAUAAGUUGUGAAUAUCGGGAGGCUAAGUCGGAGAUUCUACCGAAUACUGCGACUAGAAUCAGUCGACUCGCUUUACUAGUCAAUGAACCAACGUGUCCAGCUGGCUUUAAAAAGACUCAGCUCUCUCGACGUGUUGUCUUCAUUCUUGGUACAAGUGUCAGUCUUUGUUGGUCGACAAGUCGAUAUAAAGCUGAUUUUAUGUCAGUUAAAAAUCAAAUACCAAUAGGAAAUUAUUGUAUGAUAUCUGAUAAUACAUACGAUACGUCAACAUCAGGCAGUAGUUUCAAUGAAAAUGAUAAAUACAAAGGUUAUACUUAUAAGUGUCCACAAGGCUUACGACAGAAUGAAAUCAAUUUUAUACAAGUUGGCUAUCGUUUGACAUUGUGCUGUUCGUCAAAUGCACCAGCAAAUUUAACCGAAGUAGACGAUGAAUCCACGUCACCAAUAGAUAAGUCAAACUAUCAAGCUCCGCUUGGAAUUACUCCACCAUUUGCUGUCAUUCAAAAUGGUCCAAUUUGUCCAACAUUUUAUGCUGGUGACAACAAAUUGGCACUGGUUCAAUACAAUCGUCCAAUACCUCGUCCGUAUGGUGAUCAAAUUGAAUUAAUCGGAUCAGAUGAUCCUGUUAAAUUGUAUGGAAUCCCAAGUUUAGUUAUUUGUCAAUAUUUAAAUCAAGGAACGGAAAUCGGUGUCAAAUCUCUACGUUACGACUGUGAUGGUUUGGGAUAUCGACAUAUGAUGAAUUAUGAUGGAGCUACUUGUGGAUUUGCGGCUAACUCUAGCGUCAUUUUCCCACCGGGAAAAUACUGUUUCCUUCAGUUAUCAGCGACAUGUCCUCCAGGCUUCAUUUCAAAAAGUGGAGUUGUACGUUUAGGUUUUACAUUGGAAAAUUCAGGCAGAGCAUGUUGUCGUAAUGAAGAGUCAAUCGGUGCAAUUAAACUGCCAAUUAAUCUGAAAGCUCCAUUUAAACUACCUGCUGUUUAUCAGCCUUGUCAAACCAUAGAAAAUUUCAACGUUGACGCUGACUUACACCAAUGUGUCUAUUAUCCAAAAGGAAACAGGUCACACUUUAUGCUUGUCUGGCCACGUGUUGUAUCUGGUGUAAAUGAAACCGGUGAAGUCAGUGAUAACGGCAAUAAAACCUCUGUCCCAAAACACUGUUCAAAGUUGCCGAGAAAAAGAGCUGGAUUCCGACGAAGUCAACUGGGACGACUGUCAACCUUAUUCUUUAACAUCAUGCAAGAUCAAUGGCUCACGUAUAAACGACCUCGAUGGACAACACGUGGAAGUGAUACUGGUGACAUAUGCUUCAAUGAAGUGAAUCUAGACAAUCUACCUACUCUGGCUAAUGGUCCAUCGGGUUAUUGCAUUUCUGUAUUCGGCAGCUGUCCGUAUAAAUUCUUUAUAGAGAUUGGAGCUGCACCGUAUAUGAAUACUGUCAUAUGUUGUUUAUCUAGAGAAUAUAUGCCUGAUAUAGAGAAACAGAAAUCUCAAACAUCGUCAUCGUCAUCAUCAGCAACAGCAGCAGGAGCAACAGUUCAGUCAUUUGUUACACUUGGUUUCCCAUCACCAGAGGAUAAAAAAGCCUUAGUUAAUUUCACCGGGACAAAGGUAUUGAAUACAUAUGAACAAAUUAAAGAUUAUAAAUACUGUCCACAAUUUUAUGAUAUACAAUUGAAACGUCGUGUUGUAGAAAGUAUGUUUGUUCCAGAGAAUUUAUCACGUGGACUAUGGUAUCGACAAAGGAAUAUACUCACACUGUUCAAUGUGACUAAACAGAAUGCUAUGCUAUUUGAAUCAUUGACUGGUAUUUGGUUGGAUAAUGCCAUUGUACAUGUUAUAUAUUGUGAAUAUGGGACAAGUAAGGCACCUAUUGAUGAGCAUCAAGGUUGGCCUGUCGCGAAUUAUGCUAUACCGAAAUCUCUAAAUAAUUGUCCCAAAGGUUCAGUGAAAGCCACAAUGAGGCAUCAACAGGAUAGAUAUGGAUUCCAUUAUUCUCAACCAAUACACUUGGACGGAGUCUACUUUAAGCGUAAAAAGGAUGUAUUACUGGAUUAUUGUGUAUUUACUGAUCAUCAAAGUAGCUAUCGUACAGGGAACUAUGGAGCAGAAGAAUCCUUACCAGCUGGACACUACUGUGUUUUACGCGUCAAUGGCAACUGCCCAACAGAUUUCAGUGAGGGAGUUCUAAGUAUACUAGAAGGUCCAGAGAAGAUAGAUCGUUCAAAAGAUAGCCUCGACUCAAGUAUCAGCUCAAAUUUGGAUCCGAUGCAACAGUCCACUCCGACACCAGAUAUUAUUCGUAUUCGAGCGCAUAUGAAACAGAGUAAAUCGAAAAUUGAUCGACUGAAUUAUCAUUUUUGUUGUCGAACUGAUUCACCAAGUGUUGAGACGCCUAUUGAAGGUUUUCCACCGGAAAGUGGUCCAUUCUAUUUGUACAGGGUUGGAGAUAAAUGUCAACAGAUUGCUGGAAUGCAUGUCACAGAGGAGUAUAUCUGUGUAGAUGCACCGAAUAAAGGUGAUCCAAACUGGUGGUCAAUUGAUCAAAAUCAUACUUGGUCACCAUAUAAUGUAAAAGGCAUAACACCAGCACGUGUACCGUAUCACGAUUUCUGUGAUGUUGAAAUUAAUCUGUGCUAUUAUGAACAAGCUCCUUCAUCUUCUGAAAAUGAAGAAACAGAAAGUUAUCAGAUUGAAGGUGAAUGGCCAAUAGGUCAAUAUGCUUUACCAAAUGUACAUAGAAAUGAUUUAGAUAAAGCCUGUCCACCAGGAUUUACACAACACUAUUAUUCCCUGAUUAAUAAUCAAGCAGCAUUUUUUGAAUUAGAAAUAAUGCCAAUGAGUUUAGGACCGUAUUUUCUUGAAUUGAUUGGACAUAAUUAUAGUGCUCUAAAUGUCCAUUACUGUGAAAGAAACACUAAUGAUGACAGUGGUAAUAAUAAUAAUAAUAGUAAUGUAACAAAUGAAACAGAAGAGAUGAUUAUUGUUGAAAGUAGUGAAGAUGAAGAAAGCGAAACAUUAUCAUCUACCACAUCAACUAUAUCGUCGACAAAGGCUACAAUAUCUUCUGAAGACAAUAAGAAUCUUUUAGAAUCUCAAUGGCCUAAAGGCGAUUACUGUGUUAUAUCCACGGCGAAAAAUUAUCAAUGUCCACCAGGUCUUCAUAGACAUGCUAGAGCAUUUUCAGAACUUUGUUGCCGAACGGAUAAUAUUAAAAAUCCAAAACCUGUAAAAUGGCCGUUUAUUGAAGAUUUCUUUUUAUUCGGUGGUGAAAAGUGUCUACCAAUAGAAAACACCCACGUAGAACGAUAUUUGGUACGCUUAGCAUCUGUUUCCGAGUCAAAACACGAAGCCCAGUGGGAUGUACUUUGCCACUAUCUGCCUAUAUCUUGGAUGAAUGAUACCAUUGAAUGGCCUGAAGGUGAAUAUAUGCUACCAAUAGGAAGACGAUCUGGUCUGCGUACAGCAUAUACAACAAAGGUUUAUCCAAAUUUUGAAGAAUAUAUGUCAAUGUCCACGACGACAACGACAACAACAACAACAACAGAAACAACAGGAUCUAGUGAAAUGAUGAAAGCAUCUACUUCUAUCACAAAUCUACGUGACAGUAGUACUAGUACCAUUGGUGGAAAAUACCAGUGUCCUGAGUCAUUUGAACGUAAACGAUUUAUAUUUUCAAGUAGUGAAGUAGAGAAUCAAUUAAUGGCCGAUCCAGAUACAAAUACAACAAAAGCAUUUAUUAUUACCGCUCAGGUUACUAUGGAAUUCUGUGUACAUAUUGAUAAACCAGAUAGCAAAACAAAGAGAAAUAAAAUUUGGCCUGCUGGUGAUUAUUGUAUAUUCACAAUGAAUAAAAAUUGUCCAGUUGAAAUGCAGGCUUCUAAGGAGAUCCCUUUGAAAAUUCCACGCUUUUUCUUGAAAAGUAUACAUAAUGUAACAGCCAGCGGGGAAAUUCUUCUCAAUAGCCACUGGCAUGAAGAUGCUGAAAAUCAUAUUGUCUACUUUAUGCAAUGCUGUCGAGAGGAUAAACACCUUUUACUACGUUUACCACUGUCCACUGAUGGCUUCUACUUAGCCAGUAGUUCUGGUCUGUGUUCAAGUGUACCAGGAACUGUGUUGGACCGAGAGAAAAUCACCACUUAUCUAACAUAUCCACUGCACAGUAAUGGCAAUGGUAAUGGUAAUGGUAAUAAUCAUAAUCAUAAUAACAAUAACAAAGGCAAGUCAACAAUGUUCACUGAGAAAGACAUGCUGUUAUAUCGUGAGGCAAUAGCACAACGUGAAGGUCUUCUAUACUUGUGUUAUUAUCAUCCAGCCAAAGGAAUUGAUUAUACAACAUCAAUUCUAGGCAGUCGUUAUGCAACAAGUCAAAAUAUUUCAGAAAAAGAUGUUGAUGAGAUAGCUAGACUAUGUGGAUGUGCACCGAAUGCAUUUUGUAUAUUAAAUAAACAAGCUGAAUGUAUAUGUAAGCCAGGAUAUUUUGGCGAUGGUAGACAUACCUGUGAACCGAUUACACCGUUAACAGAUGAAUGCGCUGAUUUAUGCGAUCCACAAGCUGUAUGCGUGGAACACUUGGGUGUUAGUAUGAAAAAGAAACAGUUAUUCAGUCAUAUGUGUAUCUGUCGACCAGGAUACAUUGGCGACGGUUUCUCUUGCAAAUCUGACUGCGUUGCACGUGAAUGUCAACCGUUCAGUAGGUGUAUACAUAAUAUACCGAAAGGCAUCACUGAAUGUGUUUGUAUCGAGGGUACAAUACUUUCUGGAACACGUUGUCAUUUAGAUGUUUAUAAAACGCUAGAGCAGGAAAAAGAUUUACCCCAAUUCAUAUUAGACCAUGACCAUUGUCUUUCAACAGAAACUCAAUCAGCUUUAAGAGCACUAAAUCCACCGAAAUACUUCUACAUAUUUGUACCAUCCAAUAUUGUUCGAAGUUGUAAAGAUGUCAAAGAGCAUAUAGUGGUACGAUCGAAACCACUAACAAGCAAUGAGCUUAAUAAAGCAACAGCUAAAUCACCGAUUAAACUUGUCACUGAAAAUAAUACCGUGAUUGAAAUUUAUCCAAUGAAUGGAACGUUGUCUAUCGAUGGAUUUAUUGCUCAAUUUGAAACUGUAAAAUUUGUCAACGGUGAAAUGUACUACUUAUCUGGUGCAUUAAAACGUACAGAGUAUGUAUAUAAGAUUGAAACUUAUGUUAUCAUCCUGAUAACUAUUUCGAUAUUGUUAAUAUGUGGUCUGAGUAUAUUAGUGAUAUACGCAGGAGUACGAAAGUAUCGAACAAGAAGUAUGCAACAAUUUCAUCGUCUUCCAAGACAAGUGUUUGUACAUCGAGCAUUUUGGAAACAACAAUCUGAUGAUGUUCUAGUAGAGGAAACAGAAGACUGUACUAAUUGA